UCAAAGAUGAAGAAAAAAACAACUAAAACCCAGGAAGCCAAAAAAAUAGUGAAGAAGAAAUUUAAAGUCAACACAAAAAUAGUCUUUACUGAAGAUGGAGAGUUAGUGCAGCAGUGGCCACCUGUGCAGAAAUCCAGUUUGGCAAAAGCAGAUGAAGAAGAUGAUGCCACUGGUAUCAAUUUAGACAAAGCCAAGGAGAUACUGCAGGAAGAAGAUAAAUUUGACAAAGAAGAAUACAGGAAGAAAGUAAAGGAAAAACAUAGGGAGAAAAGACUGAAAGAAAAAGCAGCAAGGAGAGAAGCCAGGAAUAAGAACGCAGAGGCUGAAGAGGAAACAGUGGCCUUUCUUGCUCAUAGUGGAAGUGAAGAAGAGUUUGAUCCGAGUACUCUUCCAGAUCCUGAUAAAUACAAAGAUUCUGAUGAAGAGCAGGAUUCAGAAAGUGAAGACAGCUAUAGUGAACUUGAGGAGAAAAGUGGAAGAAAGAAAAGAAGCUACAGCAACAGUACUGCAGCUGAAGAAAUGCCACUGAAAAGAAAGAAGGUGAAAUUCACUGAGGAGGAGGAGGAGGAGGAGGACUCCUAUUUGCCAUUAGAUACUGGGCUUUCUCUGGCAGAGGAUGAAGAGCUUGUACUACGUCUGCUCAACAGUCACAGCUAAUUAUUUUUCUGCUGGUUUCAUUUCUGGGACAGCUUUACAAUUUUGUCAGUUGUCUGUACAAAAUGAAUCUGGCAUCGGGGCAGCUGGGUACCAGUGGACAUAAAUAAAUGAGUUCCAUUUACAGUGGGAUCGCCUUAGAUUGGCUCAUAGAUUAUAGACAAUAUCUAAUUUGAUUUAUAACCACAUCCCCAGGUGUCAUUCUGCAGUAACACAUUCAUAAUUUUAAACCUCCGAUUUCUGAAGCAAUUUAUUUUUAUAUUAAGCAAGUUUAAAAUUAAGAACAAGAUUCUCCUUUCUUGACUGAGUUAGUUUUUUUAUUUAAGGAUAUAAACAUAUACUAAAAUUAUUACUGAAGAAAUACUGUUUGCAGCACAAAUCACAUCACUUAAAAAUAAAAUGCAUUUUUCCUCCUGUGUAUC